AUAAUUUGAAAAUGAUGACUAGUUUAAUUUCGAGGGAACAUUUGUAAAAUUUAGAGAAUUCAUAAAUGAGAAUGUAAAAUUGUGAGAAAUGAAUGCAUAAUUUUGUAGCAGGGAAGAGCAUCAAGAAGGAUGAACAAUCUCCGGUUGGUGGCGGGCGGGUCCCUCCUCCACGAGCACGAGCAGGAAUGGUGGCGGCAGGUCCUGGAUCCGGGCGGCGAGAUAGUGAACCGAUGGAACCGCAUCUUCUUCGCGAUCUGCAUGAUCGCUCUGUACAUCGAUCCCCUCUUCUUCUACCUGAUCCGUGUGGAGCCCCAGCACAACUGCCUCAGCAUCGAAUACCACCUCGCCGGCUUCCUCGUCCUCAUCCGCACCAUCGUCGACCUCUUCUCCGCCAUCCACAUCCUCAUCAAGUUCCGCACCGCCUUCAUCGCCCCCAACUCCACCGUCUUCGGCCGAGGCGAUCUCGUCACCGACACCAACCUCAUCGCCGCCCGCUAUCUCAAGCGCAACUUCGCCAUCGACCUCGCCGCCGCCCUCCCCCUCCCCCAGUGCGUGGUGUGGGGCGUGAUGCCAAUGUCAACAUCUCGAACCAACAACCAUGUGAAUCACACCAUCAGUCUGCUAAUCAUCCUUCAAUACAUCCCGCGCCUCAUCAUCAUCUUCCCUCUCAAUUGGCGGAUCAUCAAGAACACCGGCGUCGUCGCCAAAACUGCUUGGACCGGAGCAGCCUACAAUCUCAUCCUUUACUUGUUAGCAAGUCAUGCUCUGGGAGCAAUUUGGUAUUUGAUGUCUGUGGAGAGAAUCUACUCAUGCUGGAGAGAUUACUGCGCAGUGGAAGGGAGAUCGGUUUGCAACACUGGCUAUUUCGAUUGCGUAUCCACUCUCCCGGGGCGUGAAACUUGGCAUAACUCCACGCUCGUCUUCCAGAGAUGCGAUGGCAGAACUGGCGUUUACAAUUUCGGAAUGUUCGAGAUUGCUUUGCACGAUCACAUUGCCUCGGUCAAUUUCUUCGAGAAAUACUUUUAUUGCCUCUGGUUUGGCUUGAAAAGUCUGAGCUCAUACGGGCAGAGUAUGGAGGCGAGUGCGAAGGUAAGUGAGACAAUUUUUGGCAUUCUGGUUUGCAUUACGGGGCUACUCUUCUUCUCGCUUCUCAUAGGCAACGUGCAGACGUAUCUACAAUCUACAACAGCAAGACUUGAAGAAUGGAGAGUGAAGCGACGAGACACGGAGGAAUGGAUGCGACACCGGCAGCUGCCGCCGAACCUGCAGGAACGCGUGAGGCGAUUCGUGCAGUACAACUGGCUCUCCACCAGAGGCGUCAAGGAGGAAGAGAUUCUCCAAGAAUUGCCUCUCGACAUCCGCCGCGAGGUCCAGAAGCAUCUCUGCCUAGAUCUCGUUCGUCGCGUGCCUUUCUUCUCAAAGAUGGACAACCAGCUCCUUGAUGCAAUAUGCCAGCGGCUGGUGUCAUCCCUAAACACGAAAGGCACGUACAUCGUACGGGAGGGCGAUCCGGUGAACGAGAUGCUCUUCAUAAUCCGGGGGCAGCUGGAGAGCUCGACGACGGACGGCGGGCGCUCGGGGUUCUUCAACUCCAUAACCCUAAAGGUGGGCGAUUUCUGCGGCGAGGAGCUGCUCAAUUGGGCUCUCAUGGCCACCUCCCACCUCAACCUCCCGGCGUCCACGCGGACCGUCCGCUGCAUCACCGAGGUGGAGGCCUUCGCCCUCCGCGCCGACGACCUCAAGUUCUUCGCCUCCCAGUUCAAGCGCCUCCACAGCAAGCGCCUCCAGCACUCCUUCCGCUACUACUCCCACCAGUGGCGCACGUGGGGGGCCUGCAUCUUGCAGGCCGCCUGGCGCCGCCACCGCCGGAGGAAGCUCGCUGAUGAGCUCUCCAGGCAUGAGUCCAUGCUCAAUUUCCGCGAUCUAGACGACGACGACGAUGAUGGCUCCUCUCGCCGCGGGAGCACUUCAGUCACUGCUGCUCUCCUAGCUAAGAGAUUUGCCAAGAAUACAAGGAAAGGGAUCACUCUUCGCAAGCUCAAAAUUCUUGCUGGAGACUCCACUUCACCAAUACCCAAGCUCUUUAAGCCUCAUGACCCUUAAUUUAAUUUAUCUUUUAGUUAUUCAUUUGGUAUUUAGGUGAUACAUGAUUUUAGCAAUUGCUUUUAAUUUGCAACUCUAAUGGAGCAUAUGUUGGCCAAGCGCUACAGUGGUUAAUGUCUAAGGCCAAAGAUCUUAAAUUCGAGUUCAUUGUUUGGUCUUUAAAAUUCUAU